GUAUCGUUCACAACGCGCCCGGAUUCGGAGAGGACGAUUACCGCGUUUGUAUGGCUGCCGGUAUCAUUCUCAAGGGAGGCGAGCUGCCCUGUCCCGUUGACAUGUCCGGACGGUACACAGAAGAGGUCUCCGACUAUGUUGGACGACACGUGAAGGAAUGCGAUAAGGACAUCUCUAAGGCAAUCAAGGCCAUGGGGCGCAUGGUGCAUCAGGGCACGGAUGUUCAUAACUACCCCUUCUGCUGGCGCUCAGAUACCCCUCUUAUCUACAAAGCCAUUCCUUCCUGGUUUGUGAAGGUCGAGGCGGUUCAGCAGAAACUUCUCGACAACAACAAGGACAUUCAUUGGGUGCCCGAGUACGUCGGCAAAUCUCGCUUCCAGAAUUGGCUUGAAUCGUCCCCGGAUUGGUCAGUGUCACGCACAAGAUACUGGGGUACCCCUCUUCCCAUCUGGGUGUCUGAGGACUAUGAGGAGAUGGUGUGCAUUGGUUCCAUAGCCGAGCUCGAAGAGCUCUGUGGCGAGAAGGUUUCUGAUCUGCACAGAGACUCUAUCGAUCAUCUCACCAUCCCCUCAAAGACGGGGCGCGGUGUGCUAAGGCGUGUGGAGGAGGUCUUUGACUGCUGGUUUGAGAGUGGAAGUAUGCCCUAUGCACAGAGUCACUACCCUUUCGAGAACAAUGAAAUGUUCGAAAAGACUUUCCCUGCGGAUUUCAUUGCCGAAGGACUGGACCAGACACGCGGUUGGUUCUACACUCUGCUGGUGAUCGGCACUAUCCUGUUCGAUAAGGCGCCCAUGAAGAACGUUGUCGUGAACGGUCUGGUACUCGCCGAGGACGGCAAGAAGAUGAGCAAGCGGCUCAAGAACUAUCCCGAUCCCAACCUAGUGCUGGAGAAGUACGGAGCUGAUGCGUUGCGCCUGUACCUCAUUAACUCGCCCGUUGUACGCGCCGAUGUGCUGCGCUUCAAGGAGAGCGGUGUGGCGGAUGUGAUCAAGGAUGUGUUCCUGCCCUGGUUCAACUCGUACCGGUUCUUGGUGCAGAAUGUCCACAAGUUGGAGGCUGAGACCGACAAAGAGUACAAGUUCGACUUCGCUGCCAAGAACACGUCCGAAAAUGUCAUGGACAAGUGGUUGCUUGCGUCGAUGCACAAGCUCAUCCAAGAGGUCAACGAGGAGAUGGCCGGCUACCGUCUGUACGCCGUGGUGCCCAAAUUGCUCAGUUUCAUUGAAGAUCUCACCAACUGGUAUGUGCGCCUGAACCGUCGACGUAUCCGUGGCGAAGAAGGUACCGAAGACGCCAGCCACGCAGUGGGAUGUCUAUUCGAGACAGUUUACACACUGUGCAAGCUCAUGGCUCCAUUCACCCCCUUCUUGGCCGAGAAGUUGUACCAGAAUCUCAAGGCCUUUGCCCACCGUUCACGCACCCAGGAACACGACGCUAGUAUCCACUUUUUGUUGGAGACUAAGCCUAAGCCCGAGUACUUCAACGAUGACAUCACACGUCGUGUAGCGCGCAUGCAGGCCGUUAUUGGACUGGGACGGGUGAUCCGCGACAGAAACACUUUGCCCGUCAAAUACCCUCUCAAGGAGCUGGUAGUGCUGCACUCUGACGAGCAAUAUCUGGAGGAUGUGCAAUCCAUGGCGUUCUACAUCAAGAGUGAGCUCAACAUCAACCAAUUGAUCACCUCCAACGACGAAGCCAAGUACGGCAUCAGCCUGCGCGCAACCGUAGACUUCAAGAAACUCG